GUUGGGGGCGCGGGGCGGGGUGGGUUAUCUCCGCCCGCGCCGCCGCCCCAGCCCAGCACAGCAGCGGAGAUUUGGGAGAUCCGUCGCCAUGGGGGUGGAAGGCUGCACCAAGUGUAUCAAAUACCUCCUCUUCGUCUUCAACUUCAUCUUCUGGCUGGCUGGAGGCAUCAUCCUGGGAGUGGCCUUGUGGCUCCGGCAUGACUCGCAGACAACGAACAUCCUCUACCUGCAGCUGGGGGAAAAGCAGGCCCCCAACACCUUCUACGUCGGAAUCUACAUCCUGAUCGCAGUUGGAGCUGUUAUGAUGUUUGUGGGGUUCCUGGGAUGCUACGGCGCUAUUCAGGAGUCUCAGUGUCUUCUGGGAACGUUCUUCACUUGCCUGGUGAUCCUGUUUGCCUGCGAAGUUGCGGCUGGAAUUUGGGGAUUUGUCAACAAAGACCAGAUAGCCAAAGAUGUGAAGCAGUUCUACGAUCAAGCACUUCAACAGGCGCUCAUGGGAGAACCGGAUGCGAACAACGCGAAAGCUGUAGUGAAGACCUUCCACGAAACGCUGGACUGCUGUGGUUCCGAUACUUUAACAGCAACUUUCACUCCCGUGUGGAGGGAUGACCUCUGCCGAAAGGACUCCCUGAAAAGCUUUUUUGAGAACUCAAACUGCCACAGAAAAAUUGAUGACCUGUUCUCUGGGAAGCUGUACCUGAUCGGUAUCGCUGCCGUCGUGGUCGCUGUGAUCAUGAUCUUCGAGAUGAUCCUGAGCAUGGUGCUGUGCUGUGGCAUAAGGAACAGCUCCGUCUACUGAGCCGUGAGAGCCGGGGAGGGGAAGGGGGGAGCAGGGAAGACGGCGCUAGAGGGGACCCCAAGUGCCACCAAGUGACCAGGAGACAUUUCAACAACAGACAAAGAAAACUAUGUAUAUAAAUGCUUCCAAUAUUACCAUACAGUACUUACCAUUUUUAUUUUGAAGUACUUUUUUUUUGUUUGUUUAAUAAAUAAAACUUUCCCGUAUCUUUGUGGCUGAGUUAGUUACACAUCAGUUUUGUGUGAUGGGAAAGCUGCUGUAGCAGGAGAUCAAGUCCUUCCUCCCCCUUCCCCACCCCCAGUAACUCAGAAGUAACAUUGGUGGAAGAUGUGCAGAGGAGAAGGCUAUAGCCUGUUACCAGAAAAAUUUUGCCUUGGUUUUACUGACUUUUUUUAUUGGAUGCUGAAGCAGAUUUUAGUGGUUUUGUUAAUUUUUACUCAUCUUUUCCAACCAUCACCCCAACUCCCUGGCAUGUCCAGGCUGUCCACAGGGAAGCCCGGCUGACUGCCUGAAGCCUGGGAGAGAGGAGAGGAGAGGAGAGGAAACAGCCUCUGUUGCCUGGGUGCGAUGUAACCCAGGGGAAACUCGGGUGUAUUGUUCCUCUCCAACCUGUUUGCAUUGUUAGGUCAAUCCUUAACAGAGGUCAUGCUUAAAUUUUUUUACUCUAUAUAUAAAGUGUAAAAAUGGUUUUGGUUUUAUGGUUUUGGUUUUUUUCCUUGGGGCUAUAACUUUAUAAAUUUGCUCAUUUCCAUUGAUUCAUUACAUUAAACGGUCAGAGGGUGAAUUUUAGUCCCAGUUUUUCAAAUAUAGCCCCAGUUUUUCAAAUAUAAACUGAAAAUUAUGUUACUUUUUAACCUCCUUCAAUAUUUCAUUGUAGACAUACGUUUUGGGGACAGUCUAGUUCUAUACCAACUUUCCACUGUUAAGCUAAUGCUUACAUAGAAAUUAUAUUAGAAAAAGAAGAAAACAUUAAAAAAUAGUUCCUGAUUUUAGAAAUCUUUUAGCAGACUUUAGACUGCUUUUAUGUACUGCAGGAUGACACUUGGGUGUUCCCAACCAUAUGUAUAAUCCUUAAAAUUUCAUCUUUGCAUCACUAUCUUGUUCAAUUAAAUUUUCCUUAAUUAUGGCACAUUGUCACACACUGUAAUAUUGCUGGGAAAUUGUCAUAAUCUGAUUAAAAAAAAAGUUUAUUUUUAAGACCUUCCAGUUAUAUCAAGAAUAGAUCAGAAUAAAUCAAGGGAAUUCAGGAUUUUUAAAUCGUACCAGUUGAAACACAUCUUGUGAUCUGGUAACUUUGGUUAUCAAUUUGAGUAUGUGGCUUCUUUUGUAUGCCACUCCAUUACCAUGUAGAUAGAGGGGGGAGAGUGACCCAGGAGCUAUGUAAUAAAAUCAGAAUGUCACUAAGAAGAUGAUCUAUAUGUAUAGUUCUAUAGAUAUAUAUUUUUAAGGAAAGCCUUUCCCUUAGCCGUACAGGCACUUGAGCUGGAAAUUACAGUAUCUCUCAGCUUUUUGCCACCUUGAAGCAGGUAAGGGGAGGAGUUUAAAUUAGUGAUCACUUUCCCCACUUCAGGAAUAUUUCUGUUUCUUAAAGUAUUUCACUCUCCCCCUUCGUUGCAACAAAGAGCUUCAGAUCUGAUAGGGAGGGAGACCUGUGAUCGUUGAUCAUUUUAAACUAGUACCUUGUUCACUGCAUAUGGCUGCCAUGGCCAUUGCCACUACAUCACAGAAAAUUCCUGCACUGGGGCAAACUGAUCCAUUGAGAAGAUUUUCCUCCCUUUGACUCCCCCCUUUCCUAUUCCUGCCUUUUAGUAUAUAGGGCCUUUAAAAAGUAUAUAGGUAAAUAUAUAUUAUAUAUCUCUAUCUCAAGUUGUGCUGGGUAAGAGGAGGAAGUGCUUCAACAGAUCUUUAUAUUGAGGGGUCAGACAAGAAAAGAUUCAGCCUUAGAAAUAGCCUUAAAGCAACACUGCCCUGAAUGUCCAUGUGCAGAUCGAGAAUGAGGUGAGGUUUUGCAGUAGGUAACCCCUUCCCCUGCUCCCCAGCGUAGCUCCUUCAGGUCAUCUACUCUGUUAUGUGGCUAUAUGUAUAUGCAUCAUCCAAGCAUGUGUGUUUACAUCUAUGUGCAUCGAGAUUGUUAGCAUACAGAAUGGAUGUGUAACUUGCCGCCUUUUUUGUUGACUGUUGAUAAAUGUGUAUAAAUAUGCCAUUACGCAUUU